UUUUGGAGUGCUGGGGAACUUUUUCCCCUUUUUGAGGCCAGAGGAAAGGGAAUGCCCAAUCCAGAGAGACAUGGGGGCAAGAAGGACGGGAGUGGAGGAGCUUCUGGAACUUUGCAGCCGUCAUCGGGAGGUGGCAGCUCGAACAGCAGGGAGCGUCACCGCUUGGUAUCGAAGCAUAAGCGGCAUAAGUCCAAGCACUCCAAAGACAUGGGAUUGAUGACUCCCGAAGCAGCACCUUUGGGUACAGUUAUCAAACCUUUGGUGGAGUAUGAUGACAUCAGCUCUGAUUCCGAUACCUUUUCUGACGACAUGGCCUUCAAGUUAGACAGGAGGGAAAACGAUGAACGUCGUGGAACUGAGCGGAGUGACCGCCUGCACAAACAUCGUCACCACCAGCACAGACGUUCCCGGGACUUACUAAAAACUAAGCAGACCGAGAAGGAAAAAAACCAGGAAGUCUCCAGCAAGUCAGGAUCGAUGAAGGACCGGAUAUCAGGAAGUUCAAAGCGUUCAAAUGAGGAGAAUGACGAGUACGGGAAGGCGCAGAUCUCCAAAAGCAGCAGCAUCAAGGAAUCCAGGUCAUCCAAACUGCAUAAGGAGAAGACCCGAAAGGAACGCGAGGUGAAGUCUGGGCACAAAGACCGGAGUAAAAGUCAUCGGAAAAGGGAAACACCCAAAAGUUACAAAACCGUGGACAGCCCGAAACGGAGGUCCAGGAGUCCUCACAGGAAAUGGUCUGUCAGCCCCAAGCAAGAUGAUAGCCCCUCAGGAGCUUCUUACGGCCAAGAUUAUGACCUCAGUCCUCCAAGAUCUCACACCUCUAGCAACUACGACUCUUACAAGAAGAGCCCUGGGGGUACCUCAAGAAGGCAGUCCAUUAGCCCACCGUACAAGGAGCCGUCCGCCUACCAGUCCAGCACGCGGUCACCCAGCCCUUACAGCCGACGGCAGAGGUCUGUGAGCCCCUACAGUCGGAGGCGGUCGUCCAGCUACGAAAGGAGCGGCUCUUACAGUGGGAGAUCGCCCAGUCCCUACGGCCGCAGGCGCUCCAGCAGCCCUUUCAUGAGCAAACGGUCUCUGAGUCGGAGUCCACUCCCCAGGAAAUCCAUGAAGUCUAGAAGUAGAAGUCCAGCAUAUUCAAGACACUCAUCUUCUCAUAGUAAAAAGAAGCGAUCCGGGUCACGCAGUCGACAUUCCAGUAUCUCACCUGUCAGGCUUCCAUUGAACUCCAGCUUGGGAGCUGAACUCAGUAGAAAAAAAAAGGAAAGAGCAGCAGCUGCAGCAGCAGCAAAAAUGGAUGGAAAAGAAUCCAAGGGGUCACCUAUAUUCUUGCCUAGAAAAGAGAACAGUUCAGUAGAGGCUAAGGAUUUAGGCUCGGAGUAUAAAAAGUUCUCCAGAGGUGUAAAAUUGGAGAAAUCUGCCCCAGAUACUGAACUGGUGAAUGUAACACAUGUAAACACAGAGGUCAAAAAUUCUUUAGAUACAGGGAAAAUAAAGUUGGAUGAGAACUCCGAAAAGCAACCUGUUCCUAAAGAUUUGAAAGCACAGGGAACAAGAGACUCUAAACCCAUAGCAUUGAAAGAGGAGAUUGUUGCUCCAAAAGAGACAGAAACAUCAGAAAAGGAGAUCCCUCCUCCUCUCCCCACAGUUACUUCUCCUCCACCUCCAUUACCAACUACUACUCCUCCACCUCAGACACCCCCUUUGCCACCUUUGCCUCCGCUACCAGCUAUCCCACAGCAACCACCUCUGCCUCCUCCCCAGCCAGCAUUUAGUCAGGUUCUUGCUUCUAGUACUUCAACUGUACCCCCUUCUGCUCAUCCAAGGACAUCUACUCUGUCCUCUCAGGCAAAUUCUCAGCCCCCUGUACAGGUUUCUGUGAAGACUCAAGUAUCUGUAACAGCUGCUAUUCCACACCUAAAAACUUCAACAUUGCCUCCUUUACCUCUCCCCUUAUUACCUGGAGAUGAUGACAUGGAUAGUCCAAGAGAAACUCUUCCUUCAAAACCUGUAAAGAAAGAGAAGGAACAAAGGACACGUCACUUACUCACAGACCUCCCUCUCCCUCCUGAGCUCCCUGGUGGGGAUCCGUCUCCCCCAGAAUCUCCAGAACCAAAGUCAAGCACACCACCUCAGCACCCAUAUAAAAAGAGACCAAAAAUUUGUUGUCCUCGUUAUGGAGAAAGAAGACAAACAGAAAGCGACUGGGGAAAACGUUGUGUGGACAAGUUUGAUAUUAUUGGGAUUAUUGGAGAAGGAACCUAUGGCCAAGUAUAUAAAGCCAAGGACAAAGACACAGGCGAGCUAGUGGCUCUAAAGAAGGUGAGACUGGACAAUGAGAAAGAGGGCUUCCCAAUCACAGCCAUUCGUGAGAUCAAAAUCCUGCGUCAACUAAUCCAUCGAAGUGUUGUUAACAUGAAGGAAAUUGUCACCGAUAAACAAGAUGCUCUGGAUUUCAAGAAGGACAAAGGUACCAGCAAAGAACCACCUUUCUGUAGGAUGAUUAGUACAUCUUAA